AUGUUCAAGAGGCGUGAUUGGUGGCAAGCAAGACAUAUCAACCUAUGUGAGGAGUGGAAGAAGUUUCAGGAUGCGAUACUCAAGAUUGAGGAGGUUGCUGGCACACCGGCGAGGAGCAACGGCACGUUCCUAGAGAAAGUUCAAGCCCUGUACGACAACACCUCGGGUUACCGGAGCAUGCUGCUGCAGAGAUGGGAGAACAGGCGCAUGCGCUCAGAGGAUCGUCGCGCGCGACGUGUGCGAAGGACGUUGUUCUCAGCGGUGAUCAAGGCCGAUACGAAGAUGGAGGAACAGGUUUCCCGCCUCAGACGCCAUCUUCAGCGCUGGAAAAAGCUGCUUGACAUGCACCGCCAUCGUCAAGACGCCUUGCGAAAGAAGCGACUGAAGGAGCUCAUACAGAGAAAGGCGGAACAAAAGAAGAGGUUGGCGAAGGGUUUGAAGCUCACUCUGAAAAGCCGGAUUCCAAAG